AUGGUAGACAAUUUAACUGAUAUGAUGCAUCGUGAAUUGAGUUUAAUAAAUAGUGAUGGUACUAACGCUAAUAAUAAUAAAAAUACUAGUAGCAGUCGUUUAUUACAACCACAUGUACUUUCAAGAAAAAUAUCUGAUCAUAAAAAUAAUAAUAACAGUAACAAUAGUCAGCAUCAACAUGCACAUCAACAAUCAAUACAAUCUACUGCAAUGAUUACAACAACUGAUUAUAGUCAUCCAUCAUUUUUGCGUGUAAUGCCUGCUUCGCAUUCAUUAGCCCAUCGUCAAAAUUCGAAUUCAGGAUAUGAUACAGAUGGAGCAAUAGGCACAUCUAGAUCUAUGCCAAAACAUUAUCAUAGAAAUAGUAACGGCUAUGAACAUUUAGUUUCACCAAGAUUACCUCCGAGACGACCUAGAUUACCACCAUCACAGCAAUCAUCAGCUGUUGGAUCUCGAGUAAAUUUAUCGCAACAAAAUUAUCUUACAAUUACUCCAUCUCUUAAUAUGGCGCAAAAUUAUGACGAUAGAGACGACGAGCCGAAUCAUGAAAAUGAUGCAAGUCAUCGUCAUGUUCAUUUUAGUCGACAUUUACAUCAUUCACCCUCUCCUAAUAAAAAUCAUGAUGCACAUGGUACUCACUCACCGACAAUAUCACGACAUGAUAGAGUAUUUAAUAGUACAAAUUCAGGACGACACCUACGACUUAUCUUUAUGCGUCAUAGUGAACGGGCUAAUCAAGCAUUGGGAUCUGAUUGGUUCAUUAAAGCAUUUCGAACAGGUACUUACAAAGCAUAUGAUCAAAAUUUGCCAGUCAUUUUACCCCAAAGACGUUUUGAUCAAGCAUAUGAAUUUGAUGCACCACUAACAGUUCGCGGUUUAAAGAAUGCUCGUCAAACUGGACGAGCUAUGUUGACUAGUAAUAUAGCAGUUGAUGUAUGUCUUUCAUCAAUUGCUCUUCGUUGUAUUCAAACAUGUGAACGAAUUUUAUCUGGUAUGAAUCGUCGUGAACACAUUCCAAUUCGUAUAGAACCGGGUUUAUUUGAAUGUCCUCAUCUCAAUUAUAAAAUAGUGGAGAGUUUUAUGACAAAAAAAGAAUUACUAGAUAAUGGAUAUAAUAUCAAAGUUGAAUAUAAACCAUUAAUUCAAAAGGUAAAUGUACCUGAAUCAUUAGAAGAAUAUUUUCAACGAUGUUAUAAUGUUAUGCGUGGUAUUAUUAAUCGAUAUGGUAAUUAUGGUGGUACUGUACUUAUUGUUACACAUGCACCAGGUUUAUUAGCUUUAACAGAUGCCAUUAAAGGCAUACGAACAAAUCAGGACACUUUUUAUCGUACUGUAGCAGGAUAUCCACCAUUAGCUGUUUGUAUAGCUGAGUUUGAUGGGAAAAAAUGGAAACAUUCUGAACAACCAUUUUCUUUUCCUAUUUCUGGACAAUAG